AUGAAUUGCAAUCAUAAAUCCAAUUUUUUGUCGACCAUCGAAGAGAAAUAUUUCGCUCACCCAUAUCGCUGGAUCAUCGCUGAUGCAGACAAUGACUCCAUUCAAAAUUUGGCUUUAUUACCGGGAAGCAAUAUUGUUCUCGUCAAUCAAGAUACAAAUUCGGAUCAAUAUGUUUUAAAACAAGGCUAUAAAGAUCCGAAAACCGGUCAAAUUACAGGAAUGUCUGGCCGACUACAGAGAAAAGAAGCUGACAUUGGUGCGACGGUAAUUUUCAUGACGAGUGAUCGUAUAGAAUAUCUUGAGUAUCUGUCAAUGGCAUUCUCCACGGAAUUCGCUUUCAUAUUACGAUCGCCUCCGAUUUCAUACGUUUCAAAUAUUUACUACUUACCAUUCACUGGAGUCGUAUGGAUCUGUUCAAUAUUGCUUGUGAUUCUGUGCACCCUAGUCAUUGCCCUAACGUUGAAAUUCCAUGUGAUGCCUGACGAAGGAACCGAAAAUAUGACCACAUCAGAUUAUAUUUUGUUCGCCGUUUCAUCAAUCUGCCAAAUGGGCUCAGAGUAUUUAACUAAAGUAUUAUCGACCAGAAUUUCGAUGUUUGCGUUUUUCAUUGCAUUGCUGUUCGUUUACACAUCGUACACGGCAAAUAUUGUGGCAUUGCUUCAAUCUACAACAAAAUCAAUUCAGACGAUUUCUGACUUACAAAAUCCAGCAAUUAGAGUUGGGGUAGAUGAUACGCCAUAUAGUCGGCAUUACUUUAAAAUGGAGAAUGAGCCAACCCGAAAGCUAUUCUACGGAACGAAAAUCGCUCCACCGGGCAAACCAGACGCAUUCAUGAAUAUAUCCUACGGUGUAAGUCGAAUGAGAGAUGGAAUGUUUGCAUUUCAUGUGGAGACUCCUCAGGCCUAUCGUGAAAUCGAGAAAACAUUUUUUGAACAUGAAAAAUGUGGACUGGUUGAAAUCAAAUUUUUCGCCAUGUCUGAUAUCUGGUGCGUCAUUCAAAAACAUUCACCGUACAAGGAAAUUCUUAAGGCUAACAUUAUGAAGAUCAGGGAGCAUGGCAUUCAAUUAAGAGAGAGGUCACGUGUUUACAAAAGCCGACCAAAGUGCGAUUCGGACGGGAAAAAUUUCGGAAGUGUUCGAUUGAUCGAUUGCUAUGCAGCUCUUCUUAUUCUCGUUUACGGAUUUUUGAUCUCAUUCUUUGUGUUUUGCGCAGAGAAAUUCCUCAAAUCCAAAUUCAAACAUAUUUGCACAUCAAAAUUGGAAAUGUACAGAGAACAAUUGACAUCCCCUGAAUGAAAUGUUUGAAGAAUCAGGCUCACUACUAUCCUACCCUUGACGUAGUAUACUCUGUAGAGCUUUUUACAAUGCUUUCUUCUAAAUUUGAUUUAACGUACAGAAUCGACAAAUGAGUCCAAUUUAUUUUAAUAC